UCAGCGUCACUCUGAAGAAAUGAAACUUAAAGUUUGUCAGGGUGUCGACCACGCAGCCGUCCAGAAAGGUCUCCGUUUCUCUUCAAAGAAAUUAAACUAACUUCAUCCAAUCUUUGUCAACGACACAGCAGAGUCUCUGCAAACACUGAUAUGGCUGCUGCAAACUAUCAUCGGUCUGAGGAUCAGUUUCUCUGCUCCAUCUGUCUGGAUGUGUUCAAUGAUCCUGUCACCACAUCAUGUGGACACAACUUCUGCAAAAACUGCCUCACUGAACACUGGAACACCAGCGACCAGUACAAUUGUCCAUUGUGUAAGAAAGUUUUUAACACCAGACCUGAGCUGCACGUCAACACUUUCAUCUCUGAGAUGGUUGGUCAGUUUAGAGACAAAGCUCAGCAGGAAGCCAGCAGCAGCAGAUCAGAGCUACAAGAGUCCAAACCAGGAGAAGUUCUCUGUGACGGCUGCACUGGAACCAAACUGAAGGCCCUGAAGUCCUGCUUAGACUGUCUGGUCUCCUACUGUGAGACUCACCUGGAGCCUCAUCUGACAGCUUCACGUCUAAAAAGACACCAGCUGAUCGACCCUGUGGAGAACCUGGAGGACAGGAUGUGUACGAAGCACGAUAAACCUCUGGAGCUGUUCUGUAAGACCGAUCAGACCUGUGUCUGCACACUCUGCUCUGUUUUAGACCACAAGACGCACGAGUUUGUUCCUCUGAAAGAAGAAUAUGAAGAAAAGAAGGCAAAGCUGGAGGAGACAGAGGCUGAAAUUCAGCAGAUGAUCCAGAAAAGACAACUGAAGAUUCAAGAGAUCAAACACUCAGUGGACUUCAGUAAGGGCGAUGCAGACAGAGAGAUGGCAGAAGGUGUUCAAGUCUUCACCGCUCUGAAGGAGUCUGUUGAGAGAGGUAAGGCCGAGUUCAUCGACACAAUUGAAAAGAAGCUGAAAACAACAGAGAAACAGGCCGAAGCUUUCAUCAAAGAGCUGGAGCAGGAAAUCUGUGAGCUGAUGAAGAGGAGAACUGAGGUGCAGCAGCUCUCAUGCUCUGAAGACCACCUCCAUCUAAUCCAGAGAGUGCCAUCCGUGACCGUUACUCCAGUAUUUGGUGGGUGGAGUUUCCGGGGUUUGAAUCCCUGUCAACUGCUGUACGAGAGGACAUUGAAGAAAGCUGUGGCUCAGCUGGAGGAGACUCUCAGUGAAGAGAUGAAGAAGUUGGUUCCAGCUGAGCUGAAGAGAGUCCAGCAGUAUGCUGUGGAUGUAAUUCUUGAUCCUGAUACAGCACAUCCUGAUCUCAUCUUGUCUUAUGAUGGGAAACAAGUUCAUCUUGGUGAUGUGAGUAACAAGGUUCCUAACAACCCAAAAAGAUUUUCUUACUGUGUCAAUAUUUUAGGAAAGCAGAGUUUCUCUUCAGGCAGAUUUUACUUCGAGGUUCAGGUUAAAGGAAAGACUGAGUGGGAUUUAGGAGUGGCCAGAGAGUUCAGUAAAAGGAAGCGAACAAUCUCACUGAGUCCUCAGGAUGGUUUCUGGUCUAUUUGGUUAAGAAAAAGAAAUCAGUACGAAGCCUGUACGAACCCUCCAGUCCGUCUCUCUCUGAAGUGUCGUCCUGAGAAGGUGGGGGUGUUUGUGGAUUAUGAGGAGGGUCUGGUCUCCUUUUAUAACGUGGACUCUGCAGCUCCGAUCUACUCUUUUACAGACUGCUCCUUCAGGAUGAAACUCUUGCCUUACUUCAGUCCUGGUCUGAAUGAAGGAGGUAGAAACUCUGCACCUCUUAUCAUCUCUCCCGUCAGUGUGAAAUAAUCAAAGACUUCAUGUAUUGAUUCUCAUCAGAGUACAUACCAUCCUAUUUAGUGACAACACGGUAUAUCUGACAUCUUUGACAGAAUCAGAUCAUCGUGUUUGUUGAUUGACUUUAUAUUUCAGAGGUUUGUCCUCGUAAACACAGCAGGGAACAAAUUGAUUUGAUUGACUCAGCUCAUCAUCGAGAUGCAUCAUUUAUGAGAUAAUGUUUAUUUUAACCCUUUAAACUUUACUGACUUCCAACUUCAGAUCGAGAGGAAAAAACUGCGCAAGACAAUAAUUAUUUAAAGCUAAAUUUGAAUAGAUACAUAUAAAUAAAUUCUUGUGUUUUUUCUAUGAUAAUUUAAAGUUAGUAGGAAAGUGAAGAAGUUCUAAUUUGAUAUUUUAUAGAAACUUGUUUGAAGUUUAUAUUUGUCUGAAAUGUCUUUGGUGUCUCUUGGACCGAGUUCUGCUGUAUGUAUGAUAGUGUUGAUAAAAAGUCAAAGAAAUCUAUAAAUAUGUGAUUUUGAAACAAAAACUUCUAAAUAAACUCAUUGUUAAAGACGA